AUAUAUUGUUUUUAAAAGAAAAAUAUAAUAUUUCGUCUUGGGGAAAGAGGGGUUGGGACUGGGUGGGAUGGUGAGGGUGAGACCAUUUUUCCUAAUGAAACUGAAGUUGAAGAACCACAGAAACAAUUUUGAAAAUUGAGUGACCAAAAUACGAAUCGGAUCAAAAUUCAAGAACCAUUAGACCUAAAAACCCUAAGUAAGAUUAUGUUCAUGCUCAAUUUUUGUGUGUGGUUAAAUCGGCCUUAAAAUCUAGACCCUUAGAUGGAGAGGAAUGGUGGGAAAUGUGAACCAAUCGUCAAAUCGUCAAAUUUCGUAUUGUUUAUUUAUUUGGAGGGAAGAAUUUAGACAAGUGGUAUCAUUAUCAGAUUAAAAAUCCCUAUCAGGACAAAAUAAGAAGAUAACAGAUCAGAAAUCACUAUCACUACUAGAUAAUGAACGGACGGUGAGAAAAUCGUAAGAGAUUAUAUUCAUUCACGUACGAGUUGCUGCGGUGGAUUGCAGACUGAUUCAGAUUAAUAAAAUGACAGAGAUGGAUGCUGACUGCUGAUGGUUUUUGAGUGGAACAAAUUAAACAUUCAGUUUCAAGUUUCAACCCAGAAGUUAAAGCACUAGCUAGCAGCAGUAGCAGCAAGAGAGGAGAUGGCAGAAAGUGUGGUGAGCUUUUUGCUUGACAGGCUCACCUCCAUAAUAGAAGAUGAGGUGAGACUACUGUCAGGGACCCGAGCAGAGAUGGAGGAUAUUGUCGAGGAGUUAGAGCGCAUCAAGGCCUUCUUAAGGGUUGCUGAUGCAAAGGAAGACAGUGACCCCCAGCUCAAAGUGUGGGUUAAACAAGUUAGAGAUGUGGCUUAUCAGAUUGAAGAUGCGCUUGAUAAAUUCAGGCUUUCUCAUUCAUGUUAUCAUAGGCCUGGAUGCCAUGUUUCCCUUCAUGAGCUCUCUUGCAUCUUUAACAAGUUGAAAGCUCGCCAGCGAAUUGCUACUGAUAUUCAAAGCAUAAAAUCAAAAGUCAGAAGCCUCUCCGAGGGACAUCAGAAUUACAAACUUGAUGUUGACCCUGGCUCAAGCAAGGUUCCUAAACAUCAGUACAGUCAAGGGGAUGCUCUUUUGCUGGAAGAGGCUGACCUUGUGGCAAUUGGCGAACCUAAAAGGCAGCUGAUUGAGUUGCUUAUGCAGGAGGGUGGCGAUGCUGGACGCCAGGCAGUCGCGGUCGUUGGGAUGGGAGGGCUGGGGAAAACCACCUUGGCCAAGCAAGUCUAUAAGGAUGCAAGAGUUAAGAAAAAUUUCAAGGUACAUGCUUGGAUCACUGUUUCUCAAUCAUUCAAGAUAAAGGAGCUCCUAAGACACAUAGUUGAAAAAAUCUUCAAAGUUAUCAGGAAACCAGUCCCUGAAGAAUUUGAUAGCAUGGACACCAACAAGCUAAGAGAAAGAAUAAAAAAAUUGCUGCAGCACAGUAGGUACCUGAUUGUUCUAGAUGAUCUUUGGCACAUAGAUGCCUGGGAUGUCAUCAAUCAUGCAUUGCCUAACAACAAUGGUAGUCGAGUAAUGAUCACUACUCGUAAUGCGUCUGUAGCCUCUGCCUCUUGCAUGCACAACCACGUUAUGGUCUACCAUUUAGAGCCCUUAUCUCCAGAAGAGUCUUGGACUCUUCUCUGUAGGAAGACAUUUCAGGAAGAGUCAUGUCCUCCCAAUUUGGAGGAAAUCUGUCGAUGCAUCUUAAGCAAAUGUGGGGGACUGCCCCUUGCAAUUGUGGCAAUCGGUGCUGUUCUAGCUAUGAAAGACAAGAAAAACAUAGAAGAUUGGGCUGCCGUUUGUGGCAGUAUUGGUGCUGAAAUUGAGGAAAAUGACCAACUUGACAACAUGAAAAGGUUGUUGUAUCUCAGUUUCAGUGAUUUACCAUACCAUCUCAAAUCUUGUUUCUUGUAUCUGAGUAUCUUUCCUGAUCUUUAUAAAUUCGAGUAUAUGAGAUUAAUUCGAUUAUGGAUUGCUGAAGGAUUUGUUAUUGAAAAGGAAGGAAAGACACCAGAAGAAGUUGCAGAGAGUUACCUUAAGGAGCUACUGGACAGAAGUUUGAUCGAAGCAGAAGAAAUAGCUACCGAUGGGAGGGUCAAAUCAUGUCGGAUCCAUGAUCUUUUACGGGAGAUUGUCGUUUUGAAGUCUAGAGAGCAAAACUUUGCAGCAAUAGAGAAAGAGCAAGGCACAAUGUGGCCUGAAAAAGUUCGACGACUAUCAAUUUUUAACACGUUGCAGAAUGUACAACAAAAGAGGAUUCCUUCCAAACUUCGUUCGUUGCUCAUUUUUGGGGUAGAAGAUUCACUUACUGAGUUUUCAAUAUCAAAAUUGUUUCCUAGAGGUCUUCCGCUGCUUACUGUAUUAGACUUGGAAGGUGCACCUCUAGAGACAUUUCCAAAAGAGGUUGUCAACCUUCUUCUGCUGAGAUAUCUUAGUUUGAGGGGUACCAAGGUGAAACAAAUUCCAAGCUCCAUCAAGAAGCUUCAAAACCUAGAGACCUUUGAUCUUAAACACUCUCAUGUCGUUGAGUUGCCUGCUGAAAUUUUGAAUCUCAAGCGACUGCGGCAUCUCCUGGUAUAUCGCUAUGAAGUUGAAUCUUAUGCACGAUUUAAUUCCAGAUAUGGAGUGAAGGUUCCUGCAGGAAUAUGUGGCUUACAAUCGCUCCAAAAGCUGUGUUUUGUAGAGGCAAAUCAAGACAAUGGCGCUUUAGUGGCAGAGCUUGGGAGAAUGAAUCAACUGAGGAAGUUAGGCAUUUUCAAGUUGAGACAAGAAGACGGGGUCACCUUAUGCUCAUCUAUCGAAAAGAUGCGCAACCUUCGGUCAUUGUCUGUAUCUUCAGUGGAGAAGGACAAGAUAAUUGAUCUGACACACAUUUCUUGUCCUCCUCAAUUUCUUCAGCGACUAUACUUGACGGGGCGUUUAGAAAACUUACCGCAUUGGAUUUCUUCUCUCCAGAACGUGGUGAGACUGUUUCUGAAAUGGAGUCGGCUAAAGGAGGAUCCUCUAGUGCAUCUUCAAGGUUUGCCAAAUCUAGUACAUCUUGAACUCCUUCAGGUUUAUGAGGGAGACUGUUUGCAUUUUAAGGCAGGAGGGUUUCCAAGCCUGAAGUUACUAGGUAUUGACAAACUAGAUGAACUGAAAUUGGUAAGCAUGGAUAAGGGAGCAAUGCCUUGCCUAGAAAAGUUAAUUAUCCAGCGGUGCAGAUUGUUGAAGAAGGUAUCAGGCAUUGAACAUUUACAAGACCUAAAGCUGCUCGAAUUUUUUGACAUGCCAAACGAAUUAAUAAGGCCAUUUCAUCCAGAUGGCGGGGAAGAUCAUUGGAAAGUUGCUCACAUUCCAGAGGUUUACUCUUCGUAUUGGAACGUUGGGGGUUGGGAUGUUUAUUCAUUAGAGAUCACUGAUGGGGAGAGUACUAGUCAUCAAGGUGCCAUGAGGAGGCUGGAACCUAAUAUUCUAUGGAAGGCUUAGCUUUUGGUUCUGCCUUAUAAUUACAAACUGCAAAUGAUAGAAUCACUGGAAGCAUGUUUUAUCAGAAUGCUUCCUACUACUGCAUACAUAUGAAUCUUAUAACUUCAAUUCUUGUAUUCUUUUAUAUCUUUCUCUACCCAAAAAGAACAUACUUGUUAUUAAGGUUCAUUUUCCCCCCUCUGUACUUUUCUUGCUAGUAAGUAAUUCAUAUUCUAGAGAGCAAAUUUUCUUUUCUU